AUGCAACCUUCAAGAGCUUUUAGUGCUCCUGGAAAAGCACUACUGGUAGGUGGACAUCUAGUGUUGGACCCUCUUUACGAAUCCUAUGUAGUGGCGCUAUCGUCACGAAUGCAUUGUGUGGUCAGCAAGCUUCCCAGUAAUGGAAUUGAUCACUUCUCAGUCACUAUCAAGAGUGCGCAAUUUGACUCCGAUGAAUGGAACUACAAGAUUUUAAGAGGCUCAAGCUAUGAGGUGCUUGAAGUGGAUGGAAAGAAAAACCCUUUCGCCAAAAAAGCGGUCGAGGUUUUGGUCAAUUACUGUCAACCUGACCCACAAACUACAGAAAAUGUAGUAUUGGAAGUCUUUUCAGAUUCUGCGUACCAUUCAACUGGCACAAGCACCCUCAAAAAAAACGAAUAUAAUCAGUUCCGGUUCCACGACAGCACAAUUACCAAAGUUCCCAAAACGGGUCUAGGAUCUUCUGCAGGUUUGGUAUCAGUAUUAGUUACGAGUCUGUUGUCGGUUUACCAAGGAAAUCUUGAUGUGAACUCCCCAAACGACCAAAAAACUAUACACAAUCUCGCCCAAGUUGCGCAUUGCCAGGCCCAGGGUAAAGUCGGUAGUGGAUUUGACGUGGCAGCAGCAGUUUUUGGUUCAAUUAUAUACCAGAGGUUCGAUGCUAAACUGAUCGAGAAUCUACCAACUGAACAGCCGGCUGAGUAUGCUCAAGCCAUUCGUAUUUUGAUCGAUUUGACGGAUUGGAAUUUUACACACGACAAAGUCACUUUGCCCCCAGGGAUCCGUGUGAUUAUGGGAGACGUCAGCAGCGGGUCUGAGACUACAAAACUCGUGGCCAAAGUUAAAGCUUGGUACCAGCAGAAUCUUCCAAGAAGUUUGACCGUUUUUCAUUGCAUCAAUCAAGGCAACUUGAAGUUCAUAGAGGGUAUUGAAAAACUCACGACUUUGUCUCGUGAGUCUCCUGCAGUUUAUCAAGAGCUACUUGAAAAACUGGAUUCAGGUCAUGAUGCCAAUGCAUCGGUUGAAAUCACUCAAAUACGGCAUGCAAUUACUCAAGUUAGGGAAAACUUCCAACUGAUCACCCGGGAGUCUGGAGCAGAUAUCGAGCCUUCUUCACAGACUAGCUUACUAGAGCGCUGCUUAAAAUUGAAUGGAGUAAUAACAGGUGUUGUGCCUGGCGCUGGUGGAUAUGACGCCAUUGCACUACUUGUAACUGAGACAGCUGACAUCCCGAGCCAAACGUCGGGAAACGCAGAUUUCUCGACAGUUACUUGGUUAGAUUUACACCAAGAAAACAUGGGCAUUGUUGAAGAAAAGCCUUCUCAUUAUCUGAAUCUCCAGUGA